GCAUCCUCCCCCUUGCUUAAUAUAAUUGGGGAAAUAUUUGGUGCAGAUCAUUUGGCUUCUCAGCCAACAUCACAGCAUCCUCUGCAUAUGAAAGUACCAGCCAGUACCUCUCUACAGUCACGGCAAGUAUUCCUUAUACUUAUCCACAAAUAAAAAUCCAAGAGGACAUCGGGUAUCCUUGUCCUGAAGUCUUCUCAGUGUUGAAGCAUUCCAUUGGUUCUUAUGCAUGCUUUACUUCCAUCAUAUUCUGCUCUUACUGCAUUCAGUAGCCAUCUAUCAACUCUGUAGUCAUGCAAAACGCUCUCUAGCUCAAGUCUAUUCUAAAUCAGCAAAUAUACAAGGGUACACUGCAUCUUCCAAAUUUUGCUUAUGGUCACCUCUCAUGCCCUAAAAUUAUAAUUCUGCCCAAUACUUUCCUAGGCACACUUAAACAAACUAAUUCCCCAGUAGUUUUUGCAUUCAUUCUUGCUCCCUCCCUUUGUAUAAGGAAUAAUAACAGCUAUUACCUAUAUAAAUCUCAAAAGUUCUCAUAUCACUUCAGUUUUGUCUCAUUUUAUCGCUUUUUUAAAAAUGCCAUUUAUCCUUUGGGUAGCUUCUUCUUAGCCCUCUUCACCCACUUCCAAAAUAAUCUUUUUCCCCCCUCAAAGUUGCACUUUCUCUGCCUCUUUUUGUCUUAUGUAUUCUUAUUCUUUGACUCCUUUCUUUGUCUUUUUCUCUCUAUGCAUAUUAUUAUAGCAUCUUAAUUUCAUCAUUUUUGCAGCAGUCUUCUCUUAUGUACCUUGUUUCCUCAUCCACGGUCUCUGGCAUUUCAUAAUUCCACCAAACUUCCUUUUUUUAUAUUUCCCACGUGCGAAAUACCACAUGGCUGUGAUUCUCUGAAAUGUAAUUUUUUCUCAGUGCUCCAAGCAGCUGCCACACGCUCUUUCUUUCACUCCAUGGGAAGAGUAAUCUGACUUCUAACACUUUUCAUACAUGACUUACACUUUCUCAUCACCCUUGUGUUCCUCACUCAUUCUCUCAGUUUUCCAUCAUAAACCAUCAAGUCAAUCAUGCUUUUAGAUUUAUAUUCCAUUCUUUGCCAUGUGUACAUGUAAAAAACCAUGUACUUGAUCAGAGCACCUUAAGUCAUAUCUGUUAUAUACAUCUCCUAUCUCUUAGUGUCACGGACACGCAGUAUACUUUUAAAAAUGUCAUUAAUGCACACCCAUCACCAUUUGUUGUUAUCAUCAUUGUCUUGUUAUAGUCCGAGUGGCAAUCUUUCCUGUGCCGUGGUUGCCAGCAGAUGGGCCUAAAGGGAUGGACCUCCACCGCCCAUCCUGGCUUUGGCCUAGCAGAGGUUUCACAUAAUGCUUUCAAGGAAGAUAGACAUGGUCUGGAUUUGGUUGCCAGCCUCCCUUGCACCUGUGCCAUUCCCUGUUGAAUGGCAUCAGUUCCCAUCAGUUCUGGAGAGCCUUGGCGCAGCUUGGUCAGUAGGCCACGAGCAUAGCCAAUUGUGCCCCAAGUGUGCUGACAGGCGAGCCAGGAUGUGGACUUUAGAGACUCUCUGGCAAGCCAACCUCCUGUGGCUGAUACCCACCAAUUAGGAGGACUGUGCAAAUCAGCAAGGCAGGAUGUUUCUGAUUGGGGGGAAAAAACUGGGAACAUAAUAAAAGGGAGCAGUCCUGAGGUUUGCAGGGGGGAGGUAGUCUGCGGUACCUAGCUUGCCCACCUCUGAAUGUGAUGCGCGAUUUGCGCAGCAGCUUCCCUGAAUGUCAUACAGACUUAAAUCGCAAUGGACGCAGUGCUACCUGCUGUUAGCUGGAAACAUGCACAAGCGAUAGACCAGCAAACUAUGUGGGUACCUUAGGCUCUGCUGUUGCUGGCAGCCUAGGAUGCUCAGAAAGGCUGCAUGGGGCAUGGCAUCCACUCAUGGGUUAUCUGUCCUAUUGCCUCCCACUUUUGCACCCCAAGAUUCUCCCCGGAGGCUGUGGAGCGACUUUCAGAUGCCUGGAAUCACCAACUAUACAACAAUGAUGCUGAGCCCAGAUGGCAGGGUCCUGUACGUUGGUGCCCGCGAGAUGCUUCUUGCUCUCAACACAAGCGCCUUCUCUCCUGGGCCACAGCACCAGCAGCUGGCCUGGGAUGCUGAGGAGGAAAAGAAGCAGCAGUGCAUCUUCAAGGGCAAGGACCCUCAGAGAGACUGCCACAACUACAUCAAGGUCCUGCUGCAGCUGAAUGACACCCAUCUAUACACCUGUGGGACCAGCGCUUUCAGCCCCACCUGCACCUACAUUAGCCUGCCAGACUUCCAGCUGAAGCGGGACCCUUCUGGGCAGCUCCUGCUGGAGGACGGGAAGGGGCGCUGCCCCUUUGACCCAGAGUACAGAUCCACAGCCAUCAUGGUUGAUGGCGAACUGUAUACAGGGACUGUAAGCAAGUUUCAGGGCAACGAGCCCACCAUCCUCCGCAGCCUUGGCAGCCGCCCACCCAUCAAGACAGAAAGUUCCCUCAACUGGUUGCAAGAGCCAUUCUUUGUGGGCUCGGCCUUCCUGCGUGAGAGCAGCACCCAGGAGGAUGAUGAUGGCAAGAUCUACUUCUUCUUCAGUGAAACCGGCAAGGAAUUCGACUUCUUUGAAGACACCAUUGUGUCCCGUGUUGCACGUGUGUGCAAGGGCGACUUAGGCGGAGAGCGGGUACUCCAGCGUCGAUGGACAACCUUUCUGAAGGCUCAGCUGCUAUGUUCCCACCCAGAGGAUGGUUUCCCCUUCAACGUGCUUCAGGACAUGUUUGUGUUGACGUCAGGCGAGCGCUGGCCAGAAACGGUCUUCUAUGGGGUCUUUACCUCUCAGUGGGAUAGGAAAGGCCCUGGGACUGCAGCGGUAUGUGCCUUCUCCAUCUCAGAUGUGAAGGAAGCCUUCAAUGGCCUCUACAAAGAGGUCAACCGGGAGACGCAGCAGUGGUAUACAGACAUCCAUCCUGUGCCAGAACCCCGCCCCGGAGCAUGCAUCAACCGCCACAUGCGCCAGAUGAAGAUUGCUUCUUCGCUCCAUAUGCCAGACCGGGUGCUCAACUACCUCAAGGACCACUUCCUAAUGAACAGUGCUGUUCGGAGCCAGGCCCUCCUUGUGCAAGCCCGUUCCCGUUACCGGCAGCUGAGCGUGCAGCGUGUCCAGAGUCUGAGGCAGACCUACGAUGUCUUGUUCUUGGGCACAGAUGAUGGUCGCCUGCAUAAGGCUGUGAUCACCGGACAAGGAGUCAGGAUUAUUGAGGAAAUCCAGCUGUUCUCUGCUGGGCAGCCUGUCCUGGAGCUGCUGCUGGAUUCCACCCAGGGUUUGGUUUACGCUGCCUCGUAUGAUGCCCUGGCACAGGUCCCCGUUGCCAACUGCAGCCUGUACCGGAGCUGUGGAGAGUGCGUCCUGGCCAGAGACCCUUACUGCGCCUGGAGCGGAGCGGCCUGUCAGCUGUUUGUCCCCAGCCCUCGCCAGGUCCAGCCAGCGACCUGGGUCCAGGAUAUUGAAGGGGCUGAGACAAGCCAGCUUUGCCAGGCCAGUGGUGAGGAACUCAGCCAUUCAGCAGCGGAGCGAUCCCAGUGUCAUCAGGUGUUGCUCCAGCCCAAUGCUGUGAAGUCAUUGCCCUGCCCACUGCUGUCCAAUCUGGCCUCCUGGCACUGGGUGCACAACGGGGCUGCCCUCAGCCCCUCCUUCCUGGUGCUGCCCAAGGGAGAACUGCUGCUGGUGGGGAGCCCUGGUGAAGCCGGGCGCUAUGAGUGCUGGUCUCAGGAGGGCAGCUUCCAGCAGUUGAUGGCUAGCUACUGUGUAAACGUGGAGCCGAGCCUCCAGGCCAAGCUGGUGCCCAUCCAAGACCCUCUGAAGACUCUCAGCACAUCCAGGAGUGUCUCAGGAGAGAGCAUCUCGGCGCUACUGGAUGGUAGGACCUACUGGACGGAGUUCCUCGUGAUGUGCGUGCUCUUCGGCAUUGCCAUGACGCUGCUGAUCCUUUUCAUGCUGCACAAGCAUCAUGUCAGCCUGAAGGUCUUCCUCAAGCAAGGCCAAUGCAGCUGUUCCCAUCCCAGGACCUCACAGAAUGGGGAGACUCUGCCAGCUGAGAAUAUGCCCCCCCUCAGUGGCCUGCCAGACCACAAGGGCUACCAGGCACUGUGUGAUCGUCUCAUGGUAAACUCUCCUGGGCACGAUCCCUCAGCCUGCCCACGCAUGGCCUUUUUGGAGUCUGAUCGGCGACCACUUAACAUUUCCAAGAGUUUUGUGGAGGUGUUGGCUCCUUCCCAGCGCCCUCGUGUUCGCCUUGGCUCUGAGAUCCAGGACUCAGUUGUAUGAUCUUCCCCAAGAGGCACUGCUCUGUGAGCUUUCAAAGGACCAGGGCGUAGUCUUCCAGUGCCACUGUACUGUGGCAUGGGAACAGGCAGGAAGGGUGGGCCCAUUCGGUUGAGUAAUAGGGCCAGGCACUCUAGCUUUGCAGCAGGGUUCCUGCGUGGCAGGUUGCAAAGCAGUGCCACUUAGCUUUGAGAAGAGGGGCAACCUCCAGAUGUGUAAAGCAUGUGCAGCCCCAGGUUCCAGACUGCAUUCCAGGUCAUGGGGUCUAGUCCUUGUAAGCACAUCCAGGAUGGAGCAGAAUGGGAACAUUAGCCUAUGGGGCUUCUUCAAAGUCUGUGAGCCCGUAGCUCCUGUUUCUUUGGUUGGGACUGCUUGUGGGAGGGUAACUUGUGUGGUACAAAGGACCCUCCUGGAAGUUACAUGUGAAAGGAGAUACUCUGGUUGAGCAUCCUGUCUUCGUGGAGGGAAGUUGGUCUGGCUUCUUGUGAACUGGGUACUGAGGAGAAAAGUGGUGGAACAUUUAGUGCUAGAAACUCCCUUAUGUGAUUUGUGUGUAAAAGCAGAGAUCGGGUACUGGGGAAGGGGAUCGUGCUAUAGCUGGUGUUCACUGACGAGCAGAAAGCAUUGGGGAGCGUCCUUUGGGGCUUUCCACCGGAAUGGCUGCACUGAAGGGUCCCUGCUCAGGGCCAGGUUCUUCCCUGGCCGUACAGCCAGAGCAACAAGGGCCUUAGCUUGCCAUUUGUGCUGAUGUAAAAUGAUGCAUUUGACUACAUUUUGUCUCCUGAGAUUUGGACAGACCCAAAUCCUCACAGGGGAGGCCUAACUUGUAGACCCUUCUCCACAUCUAAGCAUUGAACAUCUUGUCUGUUCCACACAGCUAGGCUUAAUAUUUUGCCUUCAAGGGAAGGUAAUGACCCACAACUCUUGGGUUGUGUUUGGGUGAAGCCAUUGAAACAGUUGCUGCACUGCCCUUUCUACACUAGCUGGUGUUCUGAGCUAAUUGUUCCCUGGUUACUAAACGUUUGGGCUGGCCUGAAGACAGGGAAGCGUAUUUUUUAUGAGCAGAUCAGUUCGCUGGUUCCUCCGUUGAAUUCCAUUCAGUUGCGAUUGCCGCUAGGAAGCACCGGGAUUGAAUUUGGCUUAGGGGUCCUUUUACUUUUUUUGAGUAUGUUGAUGACCUGUUGAAUAAUCUCCCUUGGCCCCUUUGGUCACUGGCACAGGGGCAUUCUGGAAGAGCCAAGUUCCCUCCACCCCACUCGGCCAGGUCUCCCUCCCACCCAAGGGGGCCUGCCAGGAUUCCUGCAGGGAGAGUUACUUCCUCUGUCCCAAGCAAGAACCUUCAUGGGCUGCUUUGUGCUCCCGACUGGGCCUUACCCGGAAGGGAGGUGGGCGUGGCAGCUGCUGCACCUGUUGGCUAACCAAGUUGCAGGAGCUCUCCCCCCUGCUGCCUUUCCACCUGCGCGAGAGGGCUGGUCAGGGUGAAGCGAGUCAAAGCCUGGGAAGAGAGUGGAGCUCCUUUUUCUGUUCUUCAACUCCACUCCUUCACGAAGGCAAAACUGACCACCCUCUGCCAUGCUGGGAGCAAUAGAAAUGAACUUGUUUUUUGGAAGGUGAAAUAAAGAUGGAUGAACACGA